AUUUUUUUCUUCCAUCAGAGCUAACAUCAGCCAUCACAAUAACGGAGCUACGGGCGCCGGCGCAAGCGGCUGAGGGGGGGGAGAUGAUCCUGGGCUGCGCCUUCGACUUGGAGGGGGAGGCGCUGUACUCCGUCAAGUGGUACCAGGACAACAGAGAGUUCUACCGCUUCGUGCCGGGCAACUCGCCACCUGCGUCGCACUUCUCCGCUCCUGGUAUCACAGUUGAUAUGCAGCGUUCGUCCAGCGACGUGGUGACGCUGGUGGGCCUCACGCGGCGCUCCGCCGGCGUCUACCGCUGCGAGGUGUCGGGGGAGACCCCGCACUUCAACACCGUCGCACAGGAGAAGCACAUCCAAGUGUACUUGGUCCCUACGUCCGGCCCCCGCAUCUCCGGCUUGCAGCAGCAGUACCGGCCGGGGGACCGGGUCCGGGUGAACUGCACCUCCCCCCCCUCGCGCCCGGAGGCCCGGCUGCAGUGGUGGGUCAACCGGCAGCUUGCCCCGAGCCAGGAUGUGCAGGGUCCCUGGCGGCAGUACUGGCCGGGCCCGGACGCCGUCACCACGACGCUGCAGCUGCAGUUCACGGUGCAGCCGAGCCACUUCCACUUCGGACAGAUGACUUUAAAGUGUCAAGCGAUGAUACCGCCGCUAUACCAGAACGAAUCUGUGCACAGUUCGUCACAAGAGGAGGUGACUGAGCCCCCUGUAUACCACGAGAAGAGCCAUUUCGCCGACUUCGGAAACAUCAUGGGUGUUUUCGCAACUUCAGAAGAAGAACAACAGAGUAAUUCAGGUAAAUGUUACCGUUCCUUUUCAAUAUUUACACCUGUUGUAAGUAUAAUUUUAAAAUUUAUAUUAUAGCUCUGAAGUAAUAAUCUGAAGCAUUAGCAUUAAGAAAGUGUUUUGAAAACUGUAUGUAUAUUUGAAUUAAAAUUACGUCUCUUGAUAAUUUAUAGAUAUUAAAAUAUUGGUUUACAUAUCAUGAUUGUAUUGAGCUUAAUUAUUUUAAUAGCAAUCGAGGUUUUACAUAUUUAUUUUUCGAGUAUGUGGUAUCAUAUUGUGGCCGUCAAUUAAUUGUGAUAUUAUAUGGAGCAUUUAAUCUUAAUAAUGCAUAUUAUGAUGUAAAAUGUGGUAGCCUUACACAAAUUUUAGCUAGGUUAGCUUUUAUAAUUAAAAAUUAAAGAAAUAAAUCUUAU